AUGGCUGCCCCCGCGUCCACUGGUCGUGCUGCUCCUGCUCCUCAGAAAGAAUAUGAAUAUCUGGAGCUGACGGAGGACCAGAAAAACUGGAUUUCGGAACAGAUUUCUGGCUGGACGAGGAAGGAGUGGUGUGAUUGGUACCUGACCUUGAGCCACGAGGACCAGGAGUGGUGGGAACGAGCUGCAGCGAGCCACCCGCAGCUGUUCGAGCAGCCCACUGCCGAUGCUCCAAGCAGUGCAGGACCAGGACUUGCCGUGGAUUCUGUCGGGGUGGAGGAGAGUAUUGGGUUCGGAGGACACCAGACAGGGGCCGAUGCUGCACGUCCUCCGGACUUCGUGUGGCCAGGGGUGGAUUCUGCGUUGGUGGCACCUCAGAUGGCCGAGCCGGUGCCCUUUUUCCAGGCAGAUGCUGCAGAGGAGGAGGCUGCGAAGGCUGCACAGGCUGCACUGGAGGCUGCGAUGAGGGCUUCGGAGGAGGCGGCCAGGAAGGCUGCAGAGGAAGCGGCCAAGAAGGCGGCCAUUUUGGCUGCAGAGCAGGCGGCCAUUUUGGCUGCAGAGGAGGCAGCCAAGAAGGCUGCAGAGGAGGCAGCCCGGAAGGCUGCCGAGGAUGCAGCCUUGAGGGUGGCUGCAUCCUCGCCUGGGGUGCCAGAGGCAGUGGCUCUGCCUUGGCCGAACCUGCCGAUGACGACGGCGAAGGGAGGACCACCUCAGCGGCCAGCAGUGGUUCGGCCGGCGGUCAUUCCGUGGAAGAGUUCGCCGCAGAAGAGGCAGGCCGAGGCCCAGGACGUCUUCGCGAUGCACCAGGUGAACAGGCCUCCGCCGGUUCCCUCUAAGAAGCAGAAGACUUCGCAGGGGGCUGGCAGCAGCACAGAUGAGCCUGGGACUGGAUCUGGAGGCCUUUCUUCUGCAGAGGAGAAGUUCGAGGACUCGCGGCGGAGCACGAAGCUGCAAAGUGGGUGGCUGUGCAGAGCGGUGGCGCUCGCAGCUGCAUGGCACCACAAGGACUUCGACCGCCUGGAGCACCUGGCCACGACCUUUGCCAAGGAUCCGACGUUCAAGUCGCGGCUCGAGGACCACAUGGGGUAUAUGGCUCGGCAUGGGCAGGACCCUCAAUACAACUAUUGA